UCUCUCAUCCGAAUCGUCACUAGGAGAAAUCACUCGCCCCCUAAUUUAUUACUCUACCUCUUUAGCUUCUCCAGGGUUUUAAUCGUCAUUUCAGAUGGAGGCUGCCGGAAAAGUGAAGAAAGGCGCUGGAGGAAGGAAGGGCGGUGGCCCUAAGAAGAAGCCUGUCUCCCGUUCAACUAAGGCCGGUUUGCAAUUUCCGGUUGGCAGAAUCGGCCGUUACUUGAAGAAAGGUCGCUACUCUGAACGUGUAGGCACUGGAGCUCCGGUCUACAUGGCUGCCGUCCUCGAGUACUUGGCUGCUGAGGUGUUGGAAUUGGCUGGAAAUGCUGCUCGUGACAACAAGAAGAACAGAAUCAUCCCAAGGCACGUGCUAUUGGCUAUAAGGAAUGAUGAAGAGCUUGGAAAAUUGCUGGCUGGUGUUACUAUAGCACAUGGUGGAGUGUUGCCCAAUAUCAACCCUGUCUUGUUGCCCAAGAAGACUGAUAAGGCCACCAAAGAACCUACCAAAUCACCCAAGGCCACGAAAUCUCCAUCCAAAGCUGCCAAAUCCCCUAAGAAGGCUGCUGCUGCUUAGAUCCUUCUGAUUUUUUUCUUUUUGAUUGACCUUAGUUUUCAGUUGUAUCUAAUUGUGGGGUUAGAAGUUGUCUUUGGUUUCGAUAAGGAAGAGUUAGAUCACAGGGUCAUAUUGUAAUUCAUAGUUCUGGUGUCUAGUGUAUUUCAGCUGCAUUAUUGAUGAAUGAAACCACUUGUUUCUGCUAUAUGUUUGCUGGUGAGUUAAUCUAUUUGUUGGUUUUGG